AUGCGUGCAAUGGGUAUGCCUAUUCUCGAACCAGCUCGCAAAAACACAGAUCCACUUCAGGUUGAAAAGGUUCAUCGACAAAAGAGAGCGAAAUUGCAGCAUGUUAAUAAUCAUGCAGCGAAAUUCCAGCCCAAGUCACUCUCUCUCUUCUGUGUCAUGGAUCUGUCCACACUGAAAUUUGAAGAAGUAGAAGGCAGUGAAUAAUCUCCAGGUAAUCUUAGUGCUGAAAUUGGAUUUGUGUUCUGUUCCCUUUGAGAAGCCUAACAAUUGACUGCUAAAAAAACAAUACACACAUAUAUAUGGAAUUGGAACCAAAGACACUAAUAUAUUUUUCUUAUGGUUUUUUGAUAUUCUGAGUUAUUUUUUUGAUGUCACAUUUUGAUCACAGACAAUAUACUAUUCUCUUAAUGGUAGAUUACACUCCAUGAAUUCGAGUUGGACACAACUCUAUAUGACAGGGUCCUCAUAUCAUUAUUUGGACAACUGUUCAUUGGUGGGAGCUUUGAAAGUGAAGAAAAUGGGAUAAACUUUAUAAUUCUAAGAAUUGCUUCAUGGAUACUAUGUAAUUUUAACUAACCACAGAAAGCAUUAGAGAGAGAGAGAGGCCUGUCCAUUAACCCUUUUUUUUUUUUUUUUAAUUCUGUCUGUUAACCCCUGGAAAACUGGUUGACAUGUACAAGUCAACAUUUUAGAAACACAACAAGUGCCAAAAAAAAAACACAACUUGGACGGCUUCUUUGUUGGAUUUGCCUAUAAAUUUAUUAAUUUAUUAAUUUCUAAUCAAAAGAAUUACAAGAACGAACCACAAAAAAUUUUCCUAUCCUAAGAAAGAGGAGAGUUUUGGUUUAUGAUGAUCAAUGUAAUUGUGGUUGCUUGGAUGCUGAGUUUGUGCCUGUAGUUUUUAGUGUUGAUUUGUUUGAAACAAGUCAUUUUUAUUGGCUGGAAGUUGAUGUCAGUUCAAAUUGCUGCUGUGAAAG